UUGUCAACAAAUCUUGUAAAAGCAGGUAAAUCGCAAGGUCUUCAUAAAAAAAAUCAUUGUUUUGGUCUGGCUGCAAAGGAUUAGGAUUUUAAAGCAGUAGAAUGUUUAAAUAGUUGUUUAAGGUUUAAAGGUAAAGUUGUUUAAUCAUUAAACGUCAGCAUUGUAGUUUUCAGAUAUAGCAGUGAGUGAGUGAGUCCAAGAUGAGUGGAGGUUUGGCACCAAGCAAGAGUACCGUCUACGUGUCCAAUUUGCCUUUCUCGUUGACCAACAAUGAUUUGCACAAGAUAUUCACUAAAUAUGGAAAAGUUGUUAAAGUAACAAUUGUGAAGGACAAAGAGACAAGGAGAAGUAAAGGUGUAGCAUUUGUGCUCUUCCUGGAUAAAGAAUCGGCUCACAACUGUGCUCGAGCACUGAACAACAAGGAGCUGUUUGGCAGAACUGUGAAAGCUAGCAUUGCUAUUGAUAAUGGGCGUGCAACUGAAUUUAUAAGGAGACGAAACUACACUGACAAGACAAGAUGCUAUGAAUGUGGGGAACCCGGUCAUUUAAGCUAUGCUUGCCCAAAAAAUAUGCUUGGUGAGAGGGAACCACCAAAGAAGAAAGUGAAAAAAAAGAAGAAGAAGCAGCUGGAAGACAAUGAACAGAUUGAAGAGGAAGAGAGUGAAGAGGAAGGUGAAGACCCUGCAAUGGACAGUCUGAGUCAAGCCAUUGCAUUCCAGCAAGCACGCAUUGAGGAAGAGGAGCAGAGACGCAAGCAAAUGGCACGGGACGAGAACCUUGUUUCUACAUCGGAGGACUCCAAAAAGCCAAGAAUCAAAAAGAGUGCUUACUUCAGUGACGAGGAAGAGCUCAGUGACUGAGAUCUAAAUGUGCGCCGAGUCAAAGGAUUGUUUUCAACUUUUUACCUGCUUGUGUUUCAUAUGCCAGUAAAACCUUCAGUGUUCCCCCCCUUAUUAAAAUCCCUAUAACAUGAUGUGAUAUGGUAGCUGCAAGGGAUGCAAUUAAUAUGUAAAAAUUACACCUACAUUCUUUUUAGGGGUACCUGAGCUGGCUCUGAAUUGAAUCUUUUACCUUACUUCGAGCAUUUAUGUUGGCAUUUUAUUCAUAUUGACUUUGAAGGUGGCUACUUAAUUUUAUUUCUUAUGUGUGCUGUGUAAAUAUAUGUCUGUUACAAAGUCUUGUCUUUAUGAUAUCAUUUGUGUAAAUAAACUAAAUAUUUCAGAAUCCAUG